AUGGCCAAACCACGCUUCCUCCCCCGUGAAGGGCUCUACAUCGAUCCCAUAGUAGUGGGCUUGCGAAAAUCGAUCUUCCACCCACUCUUCACAUUAUCGUGUCUACACCUGGCGGGGAGAUUCAGUGCCCUCGCGCCUUAUGAGAAGCUCGUCCAAAUCACCGCAGCAGCCACUGUCCUCCUGUGGCUCAACGAUUGGUUAAGUACCAAGAGUCGGAACAACUGGGUUUCAGACGAUACGUGGGACUGGAAAAAGGAGCUGGUCGUGGUGACUGGAGGCAGCGGCGGUAUUGGGGCAGGAGUCGCUCAGCGUCUAGCUGCCUUGGGUUCGCGCGUUGUCGUCUUGGACAUCAUCCCUUUGACAUUCAAGCCCGAGAAUAAGCGAAUCCUGUACCACAAAUGCGAUCUGAGCGAUGAGAAAGAGAUCGCAGCUGUCUGCGAAAAGAUCAGAGCGGAAAUCGGCGAUCCAACUGUCCUAGUCAACAAUGCCGGUCUAUCGCGCGGGCGGACAGUAGUUGAGGGUACCUACAACGACAACAGCAUAACCCUGAAAACGAACUUACUGGCACCAUUUUUCCUAUCAAAAGAAUUCCUUCCGGCGAUGAUCCGGCGAAAUCAUGGACAUAUCUUCAAUGUCGCCUCGAUGAGUGCCUAUAUCCCACCGCCGGGACUGGCGGAUUACGCGGCGUCGAAAGCUGGGUUGAUUGCAUUCCAUGAGUGUCUUAUGCAAGAGCUCCGAGUCCAGAAUGCUCCAAAGGUUCGCGCCUCGAUGGCCGUGUUGAGCUUCACAAAGACGCCGCUUUUCAAAGGGGAGACGAACCAGCCCCGGUUCCUGAUGCCUCUUUUACAUGUCGACACUGUUGUGGAUGCCAUUGUGGAUAUUCUCGAUAGUGGUCUCAGCCAAACGGUCUUUCUGCCGGGGAUCUUCGGUUUUUUUGCUGGCUUGCGAGGAGCGCCGGAUUGGUUCCAGAACUUGGUCCGUGGUGGUACCAAGUCUCUGAAAGUAGAUUUUAAAGGGCGACAGGUAAUUGAUCCACAGACUGGAAGGCUUGUUUAG